GCUGAUGGGCAGACCAGGAAGUGAAAUCAGCAGUGACUAUAGUCAUUUGAACUUUAUACGGAAUAACCUGUUGUGGACCAUGCAAGUAUUUUUGGAAGCUAGCUAUUGAUUUGUUUCUUACACUAACUAGCCAUGGUGGUGGAGCAGAGAAGCUGGGUGCUGACUAGCGCCACUGUCGCCUUUGUCGCAGCGCUUUACCUGCCCUGCACACAGAAGGCUGUCCCCGGUGGAGACUCAGGAGAGCUGAUCACCGCUGCUUGUGAGCUGGGGGUGGCUCACCCCCCGGGAUACCCAGUCUUCACCCUCUUAGCCUGGCUGGCUCUGUCCCUGCUGCCCUAUCUCUCCCUCUCCGUGUCUCCGGCCCACAGUGUCAACCUGCUGAGCAGCUUGCUGGGGGCCGGGGCCAGCGGGGCCCUCUGCUUCACUGUCUGCAGACUGGCAGGCCCAGGGCCGGGUGCGGUGCUGGCUGGGGGGGUGUUUGCUGUGUCCAGGCUCAGCUGGCAGUGGUCGGUGGUGGCUGAGGUCUUCUCCCUCAACAACCUCUUUGUUGGGCUCCUCUUCUCCCUGACUACCAGCUUCCACUGUGCUGACAGUGCCCCCCAGAGGAGGAAGGUUUCCCAUUGGGGGGCGCUGUGCUGUGGCCUGGGUCUGUGUAACCAGCACACUCUGGUGUUGUACGUGGUGGUCAUCAUUCCCUGGGUCCUGCUCCAACUCUACUCUCACAGAGAGCUGUCUGUCUGUGGGCUGAUGUCUCUGGGACUGUGUUUCCUGGGGGGUCUACUGCCCUACGUCUACCUGCCUAUCUCCUCCUACCUGAACACAGCUCGCUGGAGCUGGGGAGACCAGACUUCCCUCUCAGGCCUCUUUACUCACCUACUGAGGACUGAAUAUGGCACCUUCAGCCUGGCCAAGACAGAAGGUACCGGGAACCUCACCAUGAUGCUAAAGGCUCAGCUGGACCACUGUAUGGCUGACCUGUCCCUCCCUGUGCUGUUCCUGGCUGGACUGGGCAUGUUCCUCAUCUCCUGGGACAGGAGACGCCGUGUUGUUCCCUGGCUACUGACGGCCAUGCUGCUACUCUACUCCCUGUUCUUUGCCUGGAGAGCCAACCUGGACAUCAGCAGACCCCUACUGCUGGGAGUGGUGGAGCGGUUCUGGCUUCAAAGCGAUGCUGUGGUGUGUGUGCUGGCUGGACUGGGCCUGAGUUGGACACACACAGGCCUGGAGAGGAGGCUCGGCCAUGGGGGUCUGUGGAGGGCCGGAGGCUGGCUCUUCACCGUAGGUGUCCUGGCACACAUGGUGCACUCCAACCAUCGGGAGUGUGAUCAGAGCAUUAACAGUGUUGUGGAGCGGUUCGGCAGGGAGCUUCUGGCCUCUGUUCCUCUAGACUCUAUCAUCCUGACCCGGGGAGACCUCCCAGGGAACUCCCUGCGCUACCUCCACUACUGCCAGGGGGUCCGGCCUGACGUACACCUUGUUGACCAGGAGAUGAUGACGUACAGCUGGUACGUGACCAAGCUGGGCCAGCAUCAUCCUGGGGUUAAUUUCCCUGGGCUCUGGUGGGACCCGGUCCACACUGAGGAGAAGGACACCUUCAGUCUGGAGCAGUUCCUCUCUCACAAUACACGGGGGGCCGUGCUGGCCUGCAUCGGGCUGCCUAACGGGGACCCCAGCUGGGAGAGGAGCUUCUCUCGCUGGCCCCUAGGCGUGUGUGACCACCUGGUGCCUGCCCAGGAGCACUUCCACCCAGAGGAGUGGGCCCGUCGCACCCGCUACAUCUAUAACUGGACCGAGCCACACAACAGUUUCCACCCAGGGUCCUGGGAGAGGGUGGCUAAUGAGGAGAUGUGGCAGGCCAGGAUGAAGACGGCUUUCUUUCUGUUUGACCUGGCUGAGAGGAUCCAGGGAGAGGGGAAAGCUCGCCUGUUUGAGCUCUCCUACACUCUGUAUAAGGAGAUCGUGGAGAGCCAUACAGACUACCCUCCCAACUGGGAUAAAAACCUGGCCCUGGCCAGCGAGAGGCUCCUGCGUUCAGGGAAGCAGGGCCACAGCCCUGACAGCCUGCUGACCUGCAGCAUCCAGCACUUCAGCCUGUACCUGGACAAGGAGCCCACGGACUCCCAGGCCCCCGCCAUCCACACCGCCGUCUCCCACCUGCUGCAGGAGAGGACUAGGCUCCGGCAGAAACACACCCCAUGAGGGAGUGUCAGAUAGAGCAGGCAUGCAGGAAGUACUGCAGGACACCAUGGGGACUGAGGAGGAGAAGACCUCUCAAUGUGUGUGGCAGCCAGGGGAUGUUGACUGACCUACAGGCUGCGUCUGGUGCUCUAACUUCUCUGGUGGUUGGGAUGAAGGGUUUUGUCAGGGGUUGAACACGCCCAGUACAGUGGAGAGUAGACUGGGCUCUACCGGCAGUCAUCAUGGACAAAUGUAUGUAUGAUGCCCUGGAAAAUUCUGUGAUGAAGUAGGGCAGGAAAAACAUCCCUUGUCAAAGAAUUGGCUACAGCAUGGGACCUAAUAUGGAGGUAUUGCUGGUGAUGGGGUACUCUGUGAUGAGGUGGGGUUGUCCAGACAAACAGGAACCAGGCUGCACCUCACACUGCAGCAAUGUUUUCCACUGGGGACAUUACAUGACUUUUGCAGCCUGGAUUGAACCCAAUCAAGCUGUUCAAGUCUCCCACACAUACACACUUUGCUUUACUAUUUCCCUGUCUCGUUUUUCUGUCUCUCUCUCUGCAUCUCUUUCUCUCAAACAGCUUUUAACGUUAUGAUUAUGUGGCCGUGGCCACCUGCUGAUUUAGUUAUCUUUUUCUCCCAUUAGGUGGCAGGGCUGAGAUUGAGGGAAACCCAAUUUGGGUGCAGAAAUGGGGGAUUAGAGCAGGCUCUUAAUCUGUGACAGAUUUGUGCAUUGCCACGCUGUCGCUGUCCUGGGCUCUGGUCUCUUAGCGUGACCCUGGCUCCCAGUCGCCACCCCUGCCCACCGACUAUCCAUCCAUCUGAGUUGGUCCUUUAAAAACGAAUGGAUUCAAUUAGCUUUUUUUUCUCCCUUUGACGACAGAGCUAUAAUCCCUCAUAGAUUUAAAUUAAAUAUGAAAUGUUACAAUGCCAGGGACCCUUUUAGAGGUGUGUGUGUGGGUGUGUGUUGGUGUGUGUGUGCACCCCUCCAGUGAUACGCAGAGAGGAAAAACACACGCACACACACCGAGCAGUGGAGCGCUUUCAUUUCCAGAGAGACAUUCCGUCACGCAGACAUCGAGUCACAACCGCAGUCACGCAGACACUCGAGAGACGUUGCAUCCAGACAUGCAAAGGUCCUCAGCAGCACGGCCCACACUCCUGGAUAGAUGGACUCAGUCACUUGAGGCUGGUCUGAGAGACAUGGUGAUUCAGUACAUUUAAUUACAUCUUUAACUACUUUCCCCUUCAUACCUUCUCCCCUCUGUUCUCGCAUAGACUUUCUACCUAAUUUACCGUAAACAUCCUCAGUCUGUGGACAUGCCAUUUCACUCUGUUGGGGCUGGUGUGUUUGAUAUUUGGGCGCCACUGAUUUCUAUGAGACCUGGUCCACAGCCACUCCUGUGUCCUGUCCUGUCAUCUGCUCUCAUUGUACUUUUAAUGGCAUGGACAGAGAGGACAGAGCACUAGAAGUGCUGCUCCGGGUCCUCUCAGAAAACAACCUGCCCUCUGCUCUGUCCACGGGGCUGGCUGAUGAGAACGGGCCUAGGACAGAUGGUACAUCUCUCUCUCUCUCAGAAAAAAGGUAUUUUUCUGUUCUCCAAAGAUUAAUAUACUCUAAGAAAGAUUUUUUCCACUUUAAACAUUCUCAGAGCUUUACUUUACUGUUUCUACUGUGUUAGUAAUUUUUUCUAUGGGACAUUUUAUUUCUGGUGUAAGUAUAUUUACUGAUUUAUACAAAUAUAUACAAAUCAGUAUUAAAAGGAGAUGCAAAAAAAUCACCAAAGGCCUUUUUGAAGCUGUUUAAAUCUGCCAUUAUAUUUCUUGUGUUUUUCUCCCUCUUUGCCACCUUUGUGUCGUUAAUCUUUUCUCAUCUCACAUCCUCGAUUCUGCUUUAUUCCCUCUGUCCUUGUUUCUGUCUCCCUCCCUCUCUAACACCCCACUGUUCUCGUUUCGGUCUCCCUCCCUCUCUAACACCCCUCUCUAACACCCCUCUGUCCUCGUUUCUGUCUCCCUCCCUCUCUAACACCCCUCUGUCCUCGUUUCGGUCUCCCUCCCUCUCUAACACCCCUCUGUCCUCGUUUCAGUCUCCCUCCCUCUCUAAUACCCCUCUCUAACACCCCUCUGUCCUCGUUUCUGUCUCCACCCCUCUCUAACACCCCUCUCUAACACCCCUCUCUAACACCCCUCUGUCCUCGUUUCGGUCUCCCUCCCUCUCUAACACCCCUCUGUCCUCGUUUCGGUCUCCCUCCCUCUCUAACACCCCUCUGUCCUCGUUUCGGUCUCCCUCCCUCUCUAACACCCCUCUGUCCUCGUUUCGGUCUCCCUCCCUCUCUAACACCCCUCUGUCCUCGUUUCGGUCUCCCUCCCUCUCUAACACCCCUCUGUCCCCCUGUCUCUGAGAUUCAGUUGCCCACCCCAAAUCAGCAAGCUGCCGAAGGAUUGUAGGAACCCAUGGAAUCGCCAUGACCACGGAUGCAGGCAGGGAGCCACGGCAAUGCUGGAAUGUGGGGCGUCUGAGGAGAUAAGAGCUGUGAGCCCAGCCAGGGAGAGGGAGUGGGGAGGGAUGGAGGGAGAGGGGGGAAAGAGACAGGGAGGGUGAAAGAGAGAAGCAAUCCUGUGAAUGGGAGACCGAGAC